CAAACACACUUCAUAGGUGUGUUGCUCCAUUCAUUUGACUUUGCUGCCAUUCUUUCUCUUUCAGUUACUGGAUAGUCACUUUUAAUUUUUUUUUUCGUUUCCCUCUCGCUGAUGUUCAGUUUAGUUUAGUGAUUUUUUUCCAUGCCAACUUUUCCUAAGAAUUAGCGAGGGUAGGAGGAGCUGGGCAGAGAAGUGUGCCUCUCUCUCUCUCACUCACUCACUCACUCACUUGCAUACGCACACGCUCUCUCUCUUCCAUUCUGUCAUUGCCGUCUCGGCAGAACGGAGUCUGUUCAGUUCCAAGCCUGGCUGACUAUAAGAGGGAACAGCACUCUCUUGAUUUUGUUUAGGACAGUUUUCACAGAGGAAUACUAUUUUUCUUCAUGAAACUCAAAGGGACGAGAAGAAUCUGAGGAAGAAAAGGGAGAAGAAAAAAUAAAAGGAUUUCUUCAUACAUUUUUUUGUCUAAUUGAGUUGAGAAGCACGUGGCAGCCGGUUUUGCCACUGGAUCCACUGACUGAGAAAGGAGUGAGAUUUUUUUUUAACUUAUCUUCCUUUAGGGUUGUGCCUUUUAAUUUUGCUGUUCCUUUGUGCAAAAUACACUGGCAUAAAGCACAAUGGUCGCUGGAAUGGUGAUGCCCCUCAGGGACCUGAGGGCCAUCUAUGAGCUCCUGUUUCGAGAUGGUGUCAUGGUGGCCAAGAAGGACAAAAGGCCUCAGACGAAGCAUCCUGAGAUACCAGGUGUGGCAAACCUGCAAGUGAUCCGAGCCAUGGGCUCCCUCAAGUCCAGAGGCUAUGUUAAGGAAACAUUCGCCUGGAGGCAUUUCUACUGGUACCUUACCAAUGAGGGCAUUGUUUACCUGCGUGACCACCUUCACCUGCCUCCUGAGAUCAUGCCAGCCUCCCUGCAGAGGGUUAGGAGACCAGCUGCCACCCUAGCCAUUGCCCACCGUGCUGCACGGGUCCAAUCUGUGGAGGGUCCGACUUCUUAUGUUCCCAAGCCAGGAGGCAGGACUGGAGGAGAGAGCCAGAAGGCACUGGAUGAGCGUCAAGGCUACCGCCAUAAGAGGAUGGAUGCUGGAGAAGAGACCUAUUCUGAUACAACCCCUAGGUUCAGAGGUCGUCCUCUGAUUGCUGAACCAGUUAGACCUAAAGCAUCAUGGGAACUGGAGGACCAACAUCAGCCUCCACUAAGGAAGGGGAGGGGCUUCCGCAGUGAAGCAAUGAAGAUGGAGGAGAGCCAGGUGAAAAGUGUCUCUAGGGCAACUGUCUCUCAUCAGCACUCUGAUGUCAGCACCAACAGACCACUGAUGACAUUGCAAGAGAAAAGAGUUUCUGAAGUCCAAGGGGAGAAGCCUCAGAUGAUGUGGGUUCAGAAAAGUGCUUUGAACCAGGAAAUUUCACAGAGUACUCCAGUGCUUUCCAAAGCAGCUCUACCAUUAACUGAUGUGGGCGGAGCUGCAGAUGCUACAACAUCGAAGAUUACUGCUGAAUCCUCUUCUAUCAAAACAAAUAAAGAGAAGCCCAAGAAAGGUGAAGAGGGGGCAAGUGAAAUGUUUACCAGGAAAUUGGUUAUCUCAACAUCUACUACUACCAGGAUCAAAGAGGAGAAGGCUAUGGUGAAAAACAUGAUUGAGGAACCAAUUAAUGCUGCAGAAGUCAUGGCUCCAAGUGAAACUGCAGUUGUUAUAGAGAAGCCCCAGAGAGCAACUACAAAGGCUGCUGUUCAGGAGACCCCCAGACCUCUGACUAAAGAGGUCAAGGAUGUCAAGUUCAAGGAAGUAAAAGUUAUUGAGGAAUCAGGUGAAGAAACGAAAACACCAACUGAUUUGAAGAUAGAUCAAGAAAAGGAAAAGAAACCAGCAAAAAUGACUGUGACUCAGAAGACCACCAAACUCUCACUUGACAGCUCCUACAGCAAGCCAGUUUUGCCUGUUGAUGCAAUCAAGGAGAAGACUGUUGAAAUUAAAGUCAUUCAGGAGCCCAUUGAUAGCACCGUUGUGGAAAUUAAUCCCCCAGCAAAGUUUAAAACUAAUGAUGUGCCCCAAAAAGUUAUUACAGAGACCAUCACUGAGGGGGCUCCCAUACUUGAGGUUGAAACUGCCAUCACUACAUUGACUACCUCAUCACCAAUGACCAGUGCUCAAGAUGCAGAAGCCCUCAGUAGGGAAACUACAGAGAUAAAGAUAGCCACAGAACAGAGGAUAACAAGUGAAAAGACAAUUUCACAUUUCAAGAAGACUGAGAAGACAUUAAUGUCUGGAGAGAUCCCUGAACCCUCAGUGCAGGGACCUAAAUUGGUACAAAAAGACUCUAAUGUACCUAACCUCAGUGAUCAUUCACUCUCCACAGUAAAGGUUAAUGAAACCAAACAGGUGGUUGAAGGAAGUUCUAAAUCAAAAAAGAAGAAAAAGAAAUCUCCAGGUGAGAUAGCUCAAACAAUCAGUGCUGAGGAAACACCUGACACAAAGGUGGUGGUGGCAGAGAAUAUCCUCAAAGCCACACCAGUAAUUAUGUCAGAAUCAUCAACCACAUCUACCACCAUAAUGUCUGAGAGGCCAUCACCUGUAGAUAAAAAGAACUCGGAGGCUAAAACAAAUGCUGAUAGGGAGCUAAAGCAAGAACUGCCUAAACAUGUUGAGCACCAGAACAUUUCUAAACAAGCAUCACUACCAUUAGUUCAGCCUCCUGCAGUGCCCCUAGAGGAGCUCACAGACAAGGCACAAGUAAAAGGGAAGGUUGAGAAAACCAGAGUCAGCAAAAUCACACAGGGAGCAUUAUGCUCCACAGACAUGGAGACACUGAAAUCUGAGACGGACGUAGUGACUGUCACUAAAGUGGAAACAGUGACAGUACAGAAAACAAUUCAAGUGGAGCUCACGCAAGAAAGUUCUGUAGCUGCAGAGAAAACCUCUUCACCACUGUCACAAUCUGAGAAGCCUAUAGCUGAGAGUGAGGCAAAAGUACUAGUAAGUACAAGCAAAACUGUGGAGGAAUCUUCAAAAACUAAGAAGAAGGGGAAAGGGAAAAAGCAGACUCACUCCCCAGUCUCAGACGCCAUAAACACAAAGCCUGUCUUUUCACCUGAAGCAGAGCCGUUAUCAUCCACUGAGAUUACAUCAUUGCCCCAGGCCACUGUUAAAGACAGCCUUGCCAUGGCCUCUGAACUGACAAAAAUGAAUGGCUCUCCAAAGAUGACUCCUGAAAGAAUGCACAGUGAGGAAAUCAGACAGGCUGCAGCUGUGCCUGCUGAGGCCCCAGCAGACAAAGGGGAGGUGGAGCCAACCCUGCUCUUUGCUGAAAAAAUCAAGCGGGAGGUCCUGAAACCAAAAACAUCCUCCUCUGCGAGGGAAGCACCCGCAGCCGGAGAAUUAGCGUCAGCGGCACCAGCAGUAACAGCAGAGGCAGCUGGAGCUGAAGCACAGGCCAGCCCCCUCGUCGAGCAAGGGGAGCCUCCCAGAAUUGCACAACAGUCAGCCGCUCAGGCAGCAGAGCGCAGCGCAGAGAAAAGGCUCUCUGUUCCCAAGGCCGCAAAGCAGGAGGAAGACAACAAGGACUUAGAGGAGGACACACCCUCUGACGCUGCCACACCUGCAUCUUCCCAGCUUGCCCAGCCUCACCUGGGGGACACCUGUCAGUCAGAAAGCCCUGAAAUAGACGAGGCAGCCAUGAAGAGGAAGAUUGUAGUGGUUGAAGAGAUAAUUGAGGUAAAGCAGAUUGCCAGUCCUGAGGCAGCUGCAGGACAGUCACCUCCUGUACCUGGAUCCCCUGAGGAGGAAGAAGAGGUGCUGGACCUGGACGUCCUGGAAGAGCUGGCCACUGAGCGGGCACAUUUGUUGAAAGCAACAGUGGGAACUGUCCGGGGAGCCUCACCUGCAGAAGACUGGGAUCAUUCACUGGAGGAGCCAGAGGACAAGACGUGGCCUAACUUCGUAGAAGAUGAACGGGAUCGAGUACAGAAGAAGACCUUCACAAAAUGGGUGAACAAGCACUUGAUAAAGGCACAGCGUCACGUGACAGACCUGUAUGAAGACCUCAGAGAUGGACACAACCUGAUCUCUCUGUUAGAGGUCCUCUCCGGGGAGACGCUGCCCAGGGAGAAAGGCCGCAUGCGAUUCCACAAGCUGCAGAAUGUACAGAUAGCACUGGACUUCCUCAGACACCGGCAGGUCAAGCUGGUUAACAUCAGAAAUGAUGACAUAGCAGAUGGGAACCCCAAGUUGACCCUGGGGUUGAUAUGGACCAUCAUCCUCCACUUCCAGGUCUCCUCCUCUAUCUCUGAUAUCCAGGUGAACGGCCAGUCGGACGACAUGACGGCCAAGGAGAAGCUGCUGCUCUGGUCCCAGAGGAUGUCGGAGGGCUACCAGGGCAUCCGCUGCGACAACUUCAGCACCAGCUGGAGGGACGGCAAGCUCUUCAACGCCGUCAUACACAAACACCAGCCCAGACUUGUUGACAUGAGUAAAGUGUACCGACAAACCAACCUGGAGAACCUGGAACAGGCCUUCAGCGUGGCAGAGCGAGACCUUGGUGUGACACGCCUCCUGGACCCCGAGGAUGUUGAUGUUCCCCACCCUGAUGAGAAAUCUAUCAUCACUUAUGUAUCAUCCUUGUAUGAUGCCAUGCCUCGUGUUCCCGACACACAUGACGGCAUCACAGCUAAUCAGCUGGAGCUGCGCUGGCAGGAAUACUACGAGCUGGUGACUCUUCUGCUACAGUGGAUCCGCCACCACGUCGUGAUCUUCGAGGAGAGGAAGUUCCCCGCCAGCUACGAGGAGAUCGAGAUCCUGUGGCGCCAGUUCUUGAAGUUCAAAGAGACAGAGCUGCCAGCAAAAGAGACUGACAAGAAUCGCUCGAAACACAUCUACCAGUCCUUUGAGAGUGCAGUGCAUGCUGGUCAGGUGAAGGUCCCUCCAGGUUACCACCCUAUUGAUGUAGAGAAAGAAUGGGGUCGCCUGCAUGUGGCCAUUCUAGAGAGAGAACGGCUGCUCAGGAUAGAGUUUGAACGACUUGAGAGGCUUCAGAGGAUCCUUAGUAAAGUCCAGAUGGAGUCUGGGGUGUGUGAGGAACAGCUCAACCAGCUGGAGACCCUGCUGCAGACAGACAUCCGUCUGCUGAAUGCAGGGAAGCCAGCUCAGCACACAGCAGAGGUGCACAGGGACCUGGACAAGGCAGAUGACAUGAUCCGUCUGCUCUUCAAUGAUGUGCAACUACUCAAGGAUGGGCGCCACCUGCAGGCUGAGCAAAUGUACCGCAGGGUUUACCGCCUCCAUGAGCGCCUGGUGAACCUCCGCAGUGAUUACAACCUCCGCUUGAAGUCUGGUGUGAACGUUGCCCAGGCGAACAAGACCCAGACCUCCCAGCAGCCAUCCAUUAAGGUGCGGCCUGAGAUGGAUGAAGUGACCCUGCGCUACGCCCAAGACCUGCUGGCCUGGGUGGAGGAGAAUCAACGUCGCAUUGAUGAAGCUCAGUGGGGCUCUGACUUACCCUCUGUGGAGUCCCACCUGGGCAGCCACAGAGGCCUGCAUCAGAGCGUGGAGGACUUCCGAACCAAGAUUGAACGGGCUAAGACUGACGAGACCCAACUAUCUACUGUCAGCAAGGGCACAUACAGAGACUACCUGGGGAAACUGGACCUACAGUAUGCCAAACUACUGAACUCCUCCAAGUCCCGCUUGAGGAACUUGGAUUCACUCCAUGCCUUUGUCAGUGCUGCCACUAAGGAACUGAUGUGGCUAAAUGACAAGGAAGAGGAGGAGGUCAACUUUGACUGGAGUGACCGCAAUACCAACAUGACAGCAAAGAAAGAUAACUACUCUGCUCUCAUGCGAGAACUGGAGAUGAGGGAGAAGAAGAUAAAUGACAUCCAGGCCAUGGGUGACAAACUUAUCAAAGAGGGACAUCCUGGCAAGAAGACAGUUGAGGCCUUCACGGCUGCUUUGCAGACUCAGUGGAGCUGGAUCCUUCAGCUGUGCUGUUGCAUUGAGGCUCAUCUCAAAGAAAACACAGCCUACUACCAGUUCUUUGCUGAUGUGAAAGAUGCUCAGGAGAAGAUGAAGAAGAUGCAGGACAACAUGAAAAAGAAGUACAGCUGUGAUCGUUCCACUACAGCCACACGGCUGGAAGAUCUGCUGCAGGAUGCUGUGGAAGAGAAGGAACAACUGAAUGAAUUCAAGACCCUUGUGACAGGCCUGAACAAGAGAGCUAAAUCCAUCAUCCAGCUGAAACCACGUAACCCCACCACUUCUAUCAAAGGCAAACUGCCCAUUCAGGCUGUCUGUGACUUCAAGCAGAUGGAGAUCACUGUCCAUAAAGGAGAUGAGUGUGCACUGCUCAACAACUCUCAGCCAUUCAAGUGGAAGGUCCUAAACCAUUCUGGCAAUGAGGCAGUGGUGCCCUCUGUCUGCUUCCUUGUACCACCAGUCAAUAAGGAGGCUGUGGACAGUGUGGCCAGUCUGGAUACAGGUUACCAGCAGAUGAUGUCCAUGUGGCAAAGGCUGCACAUUGACAUGAAGAGUCUGCUGUCUUGGCAGUACCUGAUGAAGGACAUCACACAGAUUCGCUCCUGGAACAUCACCAUGUUAAAGACAAUGAGACCAGAUGAAUACAGACUGAUGAUGAGGAACCUGGAGCUCCAUUAUCAGGACUUCAUGCGUGACAGCCAGGACUCCCAGCUCUUUGGCCCUGAUGACCGCAUGCAGAUCGAGGGAGACUACAACAAGACAACCCAGCAUUUCGACACCCUGCUGCGCUCCAUAGAGAAAGGUGAACAGAACGAGACUGUCUGUAAGAGGUACAUCUCUGAGAUCAAGGACCUGCGUCUCCGUAUCGAGGACUGUGAGGCUCAGACUGUGGCUCGUAUACGCAAACCUGUGGAAAAGGAUCCACUCAAAGAAUGUUCUGAGAAGAUCACAGGGCAGAAGAAAGUCCAAACGGAGCUUGAGGGCAUCAAGAAGGACCUUGACAAGGUGGCUGUGAAGACGCAGGAGGUGCUGGCCUCGCCUCAGCAGUCUGCCUCGGCUCCUGUCCUGCGAUCUGAGCUAGACCUCACAGUGCAGAAAAUGGAUCACGCUUACAAUCUUUCCUCUGUUUAUCUGGACAAACUGAAGACUGUGGACGUGGUCAUCCGCAACACACAGGAGGCGGAGGACGUUCUCAAGAAGUACGAGGACAGUCUGCGUGAGAUCCACAGUGUGCCCAGUGAUGUCAAGGAAGUGGAGAAGUACCGGACACAGCUGAAGAAAAUGCGAGCUGAAGCUGAGGGUGAGCAGCCGGUGUUUGACUCCCUGGAGGGAGAGCUGAAGAAGGCCUCUGCAGUGAGUGACAAGAUGUCUCGCGUGCACAGUGAGCGCGAUGUCGAGAUGGACCACUACCGGCAGCACCUGUCGAGCCUCCAGGACCGCUGGAAGGCUGUGUUCACCCAGAUCGACCUUCGCCAGAGGGACCUUGAGCAGCUCGGACGCCAGCUGGGCUACUACCGCGAGAGCUACGACUGGCUGAUCCGCUGGAUUGCUGACGCCAAACAGAGACAGGAGAAGAUCCAGGCUGUGCCCAUCACUGACAGCAAGACUCUGAAGGAGCAACUGGCCCAGGAAAAGAAACUUCUGGAGGAGAUUGAGAAGAACAAGGAGAAAGUUGAUGAGUGUCAAACAUAUGCUAAAGCGUACAUUGACACUAUCAAGGAUUAUGAACUCCAGCUGGUUGCCUACAAAGCUCAUGUGGAACCUCUUACUUCUCCCCUGAAGAAAACCAAAAUGGAUUCAGCCUCUGACAACAUCAUUCAGGAGUAUGUGACACUGAGGACCCGGUACAGUGAGCUGAUGACUCUGACCAGUCAGUACAUCAAGUUCAUCACAGACACUCAGCGCCGCCUUGAAGAUGAGGAGAAAGCUGCUGAGAAACUCAAAGCAGAAGAGCAGAAAAAAAUGGCUGAAAUGCAGGCUGAGUUAGACAAACAGAAGCAGUUAGCUGAAGCUCAUGCAAAGGCCAUUGCGAAAGCAGAGAAAGAGGCCCAAGAGCUGAAACUCAGAAUGCAGGAAGAAGUAAGCAGGAGAGAAAUUGUUGCUGUAGAUGCAGAAAAGCAAAAACACAACAUCCAGCAGGAACUGCAUGAGCUCAAAAACAUCUCUGAGCAGCAGAUCAAGGACAAAAGUCAACAGGUGGAAGAGGCCCUUCAAAGCCGGGCUAAAAUUGAAGAGGAAAUUCACCUCAUCAGGAUCCAACUGGAGACAACUGUCAAGCAAAAGUCUACAGCAGAAUCUGAGCUCAAGCAACUGCGUGACAGAGCAGCAGAAGCAGAAAAACUUCGAAAGUCUGCCCAAGAAGAGGCUGAAAAACUCCGCAAACAAGUCCUUGAGGAGAACCAGAAAAAGCGCAAAGCAGAAGAUGAACUCAAACUUAAAUCUGAGGCAGAGAAGGAAGCUGCUAGGCAAAAGCAAAAAGCCCUGGAAGAUCUUGACAACCUCAAGAUGCAAGCAGAGGAGGCAGAAAGGAAAAUGAAGCAAGCCGAGGAAGAGAAGGAGAGGCAAAUCAAGGUUGCUCAUGUUGCAGCUCAGAAGAGUGCAGCCGCUGAGCUCCAGAGCAAACGCAUGUCCUACAUGGAAAAGACAACAAAGUUAGAGGAAUCUCUCAAACAAGAGCAUGGCACUGUUCUCCAACUGCAACAACAAGCAGCACAUCUGAAGAAACAACAAGAGGAUGCAGAAAAUGCCAGGGAGGAGGCAGAAAGAGAGCUUGAGAAAUGGAGGCAGAAGGCCAAUGAAGCCCUCCGUCUGAGACUUCAGGCUGAAGAAGAAGCUCACAAAAAGAGCCUUGCCCAAGAGGAUGCUGAAAAGCAGAAGGAGGAUGCUGAGCGUGAGGCAAAAAAGAGAACCAAAGCUGAGGAGUCAGCCCUGAAGCAGAAGGAAAUAGCAGAGAAAGAACUUGAGAGGCAGAGGAAGCUGGCUGAGGGAACAGCUCAGCAGAAACUAGCUGCAGAACAAGAGCUUAUUCGCCUAAGGGCAGACUUUGACCACGCAGAACAGCAGAGAUCCCUCCUUGAUGAUGAACUUUACCGCCUGAAGAAUGAUGUCACUGCAGCUGAACAGCAAAGGAAGCAGUUGGAGGAUGAACUGGCCAAAGUGAGGAGCGAAAUGGAUAUACUCCUUGAAAUGAAAUCCAAGGCAGAAAAAGAGACGAUGUCUAACACAGAGAAGAGCAAACAACUCCUUGAAGCUGAAGCAGCCAAAAUGAGGGACCUAGCAGAGGAAGCAAGCAAGCUUAGAUCCAUCGCUGAGGAGGCCAAGCGUCAGAGGCAAGUUGCUGAGGAAGACGCAGCUCGUCAGAGAGCAGAGGCUGAAAGGAUUCUCAAAGAGAAGCUAGCUGCCAUUAAUGAGGCAACACGCCUAAAAACAGAGGCUGAAAUUGCCUUGAAAGAGAAGGAGGCUGAAAAUGAGAGACUCCGGCGCCAAGCUGAGGAUGAGGCUUACCAGAGGAAAGUUCUUGAAGACCAGGCCAAUCAGCACAAGCAAGAUAUUGAGGAAAAGAUAAUCCUGCUCAAAAAAUCAUCUGAGGCUGAAAUGGAAAGACAAAAGGCAAUUGUGGAUGACACUCUCAAACAAAGGCGGGUGGUCGAAGAGGAAAUUAGAAUACUUAAGCUCAAUUUUGAAAAGGCUACAUCUGGAAAGCUUGAUUUGGAGCUAGAACUGAACAAACUGAAAAACAUCGCAGAAGAAACUCAACAAAGUAAGCUCCAAGCAGAGGAGGAGGCAGAAAAACUCAGAAAGCUUGCCCUUGAGGAGGAGAAAAGGAGGAGGGAAGCAGAGGAAAAGGUAAAGAAGAUCGCUGCUGCAGAAGAAGAAGCAGCAAGACAACGCAAGGCUGCACAGGAAGAGGUUGAGCGUCUGAAAAAGAAAGCAGAGGAGGCCAGAAAACAGAAAGACGAGGCUGACAAAGAAGCAGAAAAACAUAUCAUUGCAGCGCAACAAGCUGCCCAGAAAUGUCUCUCAGCUGAGCAACAGGUUCAGAGUGUUCUUGUCCAACAGAAGGAGGAUAACCUUGUGCAGAAAAAGCUCAAGGAAGAGUAUGAGAAAGCCAAGAAGCUUGCUAAAGAAGCAGAAGCUGCUAAGGAGAAGGCUGAAAAAGAGGCAGCUCUCCUCCGUCAACAAGCAGAGGACGCAGAACGCCAAAAAGCUGCGGCUGAACAAGAAGCUGCAAAUCAAGCCAAAGCUCAGGAGGAUGCUGAGAGGUUGAGGAAAGAGGCUGAAUUUGAAGCUGCAAAAAGAGCACAAGCAGAAUCUGCUGCACUUAAACAGAAGCAACAAGCUGACGCUGAAAUGGCAAAGCACAAAAAAUUGGCAGAGCAAACAUUAAAACAGAAGUUCCAAGUAGAGCAAGAGCUCACGAAGGUUAAACUUCAGCUCGAUGAAACUGAUAACCAGAAAUCUCUCCUUGAAGAAGAGCUCCAGCGCUUGAAAGAUGAAGUUGGUGAUGCUGUCAAGCAAAAGGCCCAGGUGGAGGAGGAGCUGUUUAAAGUCAAGGUUCAGAUGGAAGAACUACUCAAACUGAAAUUCAGGAUUGAGGAGGAAAACCAACGCCUCAUCAAAAAAGAUAAAGAUAACACACAAAAAUUCCUUGCAGAAGAGGCUGAAAAUAUGAAAAAGCUUGCAGAGGAUGCUGCUAGACUUAGUGUGGAGGCCCAAGAGGCUGCACGCUUGAGACAGAUUGCUGAGGAUGACCUCAACCAACAAAGAGCUCUCGCAGAGAAAAUGCACAAAGAAAAAAUGCAGGCCAUACAAGAGGCAUCUAAACUGAAAGCUGAGGCGGAGAUGCUCCAAAAGCAGAAGGACUUGGCUCAAGAGCAGGCCCAAAAACUCCUGGAGGAUAAACAACUGAUGCAGCAGCGUCUCAAAGAGGAAACAGAGGGCUAUCAGAGGUCACUUGAGGAAGAAAGGAAAAGACAAUUGGAGAUCACAGCUGAAGCAGAAAGGCUCAAACUCCAGAUUUCUCAGCUCAGCGAAGCCCAGAGCAAAGCUGAGGAAGAGGCUAAGACUAGGAGCAACAAAGAGGCUGACGAUUUACGCAAAGCUAUCACAGCCCUAGAGAACGAGAAGGCUAGACUGAAAAGGGAGGCUGAAGACCUUCAAAAUAAGUCUAAAGAGAUUGCCGAUGCACAGCAGAAACAAAUUGAACAUGAGAAGACAGUUCUCCAGCAAACAUUCCUGACAGAGAAGGAGAUGCUGUUAAAGAAGGAGAAGCUCAUUGAAGAUGAGAAAAAGAAGCUAGAGAGCCAGUUUGAAGAGGAAGUCAAAAAGGCCCAAGCUCUCAAAGAUGAACAGGAACGCCAGAGAAAGCAAAUGGAGGAGGAGAAGAAGAAACUCCUGGCUAACAUGGAUGCUGCCCUCACCAAGCAGAAAGAGGCUGAGAAAGAGAUGGAGAACAAACAAAAAGAAAUGCAGGAGUUAGAAAAGAAGAGACUUGAGCAGGAAAGGAUUCUUGCAGAAGAGAACCAGAAGCUGCGUGAGAAACUGCAGCAGCUUGAGGAUGCUCAGAAAGAUCAACACACAAGAGAAAUUGACAUUCAGACUGAUAAAGUCCCUGAGAAAGAACUAGUCCAUGUAACAAUGGUUGAGACAACACAAAAAGUUUUCAAUGGCCAAAAUGCCAGUGAUAUAGUAGACAGCGUGGAAGGGAAAAAAGAUCCAUUGGCUUUUGAUGGCAUCCGUGAAAAGGUCCCUGCAAGCAGGCUUCAUGACCUCGGCCUUUUACCCAAGAAGGAGCUUGACAAACUGAAGAAAGGUAAAACCACUGUGAAAGACCUUGGUGAGACUGAAAAUCUAAGAAGAAUUCUGAAAGGAGAGAACUGCAUCGCUGGUCUGUUGACGCCAUCUAAUCAAAAAAUGUCAAUCUAUCAAGCAUUGAAAGAAAAGAAGAUCACUCCGGGCACAGCUAUGAUCCUUCUUGAAGCCCAGGCAGCCACUGGUUAUAUUAUUGACCCCAUUAAGAACCAGAAACUUUCAGUUAAUGAGGCUGUCAAGGAAGGUGUGAUUGGCCCUGAAUUGCACAACAAAAUGCUCUCUGCUGAAAGAGCUGUUAUUGGCUACAAAGAUCCAUACACUGGUGGAAAGAUCUCUGUCUUUGAAGCUAUGAAGAAGGAUCUGAUUGAACAUGAUCAUGCUAUCAGAAUCCUUGAGGCUCAGCUUGGAACUGGUGGCAUCAUUGACCCCAUAAAUAGCCAUCGUGUACCUGUUGAUAUAGCCUACAAACAAGGACAAUAUGAUGCAGAAAUGAACAAAAUUCUGGAGAACCCCUCAGAUGACACAAAGGGAUAUUUUGACCCCAGCACUCAGGAACCACUGACAUAUUCUGAGCUGAUGGGAAGAUGCACCACCGAUCCUGACACUGGUCUGCUGCUUUUGCCAAUCACUGAUAAGGCUGCUCAAUGCUCAAGCAUGUACACAGAGGAAGAGACCAAGGAUGUGUUUAGCAAAACAACUGUGUCUGUGCCUUUUGGAAGAUUCAAGGGAAAGACUGUCACUAUUUGGGAAAUAAUAAAUUCUGAGUACUUCACUGAGGAUCAGAAGAAGGAUCUUCUCCGUCAAUACAAGACGGGAAAAAUCACAAUAGAGAAAAUCAUUAAGAUUGUGAUUACUGUGGCAGAGGAGAAGGAGAAGAAAAAUGAAAUAGCCUUUGAUGGUCUGAGAGCACCUGUCCCUGCCACUGAGCUCCUGGAAUCUAAAAUCAUUGACAAAGAUCUUUAUAACAAACUGCACAAAGGCAAUAAGACAGUCAAAGAAGUGUCCGAAAUGGAACCUGUCCACAAAGCACUGAAGGGCACAAACUGUAUUGCAGGGGUAGUUAUUGAACCAUCAAAGGAGACAAUGUCCUUCUAUCAAGCUAUGAGGAAAGACAUGAUGAGGGCGGGGCCUGCCAUGAACAUGCUUGAGGCCCAAGCAGGAACAGGCUAUAUGGUGGACCCUGUAAAUAAUCAGAAGUACACUGUUGAUGAAGCUGUCAAAGCGGGUGUUGUUGGCCCUGAGCUCCAUGAAAAGCUCCUAUCUGCAGAGAGAGCAGUUACAGGCUAUAGGGACCCUUACACUGGCAAAACUGUGUCUCUGUUCCAGGCAAUGAAAAAAGAUCUCAUCCCUAAAGAGCAAGGAAUCCGACUGCUUGAUGCACAACUCACCACAGGUGGCAUCAUAGAUCCAGUAAAGAGUCAUCACAUCCCACAUGAUGUUGCCUGUAAGAGAGGGUAUUUUGAUGAUGAAAUGAACCAGAUUCUAAACAAUCCCACUGAUGAAACAAAAUGCUUCUUCGACCCCAACACACAGGAACAUGUCACAUACUCAGAGCUGUUCAAGAGAUGUGUAACUGACAAGAAAACUGGCCUCCAGCUACUUCCUCUCUCUGAGGAAGCAAUCAGUGCAAAGGAAGAUCAUACAUACAAUGAGGCUCAGACAAAAGAGGCUAUGACUCAGGCAACUGUGGAGCUUGAGUCUGGACCAUUUAAGGGUAAGAAAAUGACCAUCUGGGAAAUCAUUAACUCUGACUAUCUCACUGAGGAACAAAGGCUUGACCUCAUCAGACAGUACAGGUCAGGAAAGGUUACAAUUGAAAAGAUAAUCAAGAUUGUCAUCACAAUUGUAGAUGAGAAAGAAGCCAAGAAACAAGAGGAGUGCAGCUUUAAGGGACUCAGAGCUCCUGUCCCAGCUAGCUCUCUGUAUGAUUCCAAAAUCAUUGACAAAGACACUUUUGACCUCCUGCAGCAACGCAAAGUGACACCUAAGCAAGUCAGUGAGAAUCCAAAUGUCAAUAAAUACCUUCAGGGUUCUGACAGCAUUGCUGGAAUCUACCUGGAGCCAUCAAAGGAGAAAAUGAGUAUUUAUCAAGCUAUGAAGAAAAAGCUCCUGAGACACAACACAGGCCUUGAACUGCUUGAGGCGCAAGCUGCUACUGGCUUCAUUGUAGAUCCAGUGAGGAACCAGUGCUUGUCAGUAGAUGAAGCUGUGAAAUCAGGACUUGUUGGCCCUGAGCUACAUGAGAAACUAUUAUCUGCAGAAAAGGCUGUCACUGGCUAUAAAGAUCCAUUCACCGGCAACAAAAUCUCACUUUUUGAAGCAAUGCAAAAAGAACUCAUCCCCAAAGAGCAAGCUAUGCCGAUGUUGGAAGCACAGAUGAUUACUGGUGGAAUCAUAGACCCUGUAAAGAGCCACCGCAUCCCAGUUGAUGUUGCAUGCCAAAAGAACAUUUUCAGUAAAGAUAUUGCAAACACCCUGUCUGAACCAUCAGAUGAUAAUAAAGCUUUCUCAGACCCAGAAACUGAUCAGAAUGUGAGCUACAGACAGCUAAAAGACAAGUGCCAAAAAGAUCCAGAGACAGGUCUGCACAUCCUUCCUCUUUCCAAGCCUCAGUCUCCAACUGUUGUGGAGAAGACAUACCUUUACACUGAGGAACAGACACAAAGUGAACUGGCCAACACCGAAAUUGACAUUCCAUUAGAAGGUCUUGAUGGAAAGUCCAUGAAUCUCUGGGAUGUCAUGAACUCAAAUUUGCUUCCGGAACAGGAGAGGCAGAGGCUGAUGGAUGAAUAUCGCUCUGGUCAAAUCACCAAAGAGCGCAUGAUCAUCAUUAUUAUUGAGAUUAUGGAACAGAGAGAAAUAAUCAGGGAGAGCCCGAUGUCAUGUAUGACAAUCAGAAGAAGGAUAACAAUAGAUGAGCUGUACAGUGCCCGCAUCAUUGACCUGGAGACAUACAACCUUCUCAAACAGGGCAAGAGGAAUAUCCGUGACAUAAUGGAGAUGACCAGUGUGAAGCAGUACCUCUAUGGAACAGGCUGUGUUGCAGGGGUCAUGACUGACACCAGCUCUAAGAUGAGCAUUUACCAAGCAAUGAAGAGAGGUUUCAUAAAACCAGAAAUAGCUCUCAACCUACUAGAGGCACAAGCUGCUACAGGAUUCAUUGUUGAUCCAGUAAAGAAUGAAACACUCACUGUCGAUGAGGCUGUUCGCAAGGGUGUUGUUGGCCCUGAGAUCCAUGAUAAACUUCUUUCAGCUGAAAGAGCAGUCACAGGAUAUAAAGAUCCAUACAGUGGGAAAAUUAUAUCUCUGUUCCAGGCUAUGAAGAAGGAUCUUGUUCUGGAGGAUUAUGCUCUAAAAAUGUUAGAGGCUCAGACUGCCACUGGGGGCAUUAUUGAUCCUGAAUUCCAAUUCCACCUCCCAGCAGACAUUGCCAUGCAGAGAGGUUAUAUCAACAAGGAAACCAAUGAGAGACUGACUGAUGAUGUUAAAGGUUUCACUGACCCUGUCACCGAGGAGAAGCUGUCAUAUGCGCAGUUGCUGAAGAGAUGUAAGCUGGAUGGUGGGUUGCGUCUCCUUUCCCUGGGAGAUAAGAGGCUAAUGUUCAAGGGUCUGAGGAAGCAGAUCACAAUGGAGGAGUUGCUCCGCUCACAAAUUAUUGACCAGCAGACUGUCAGUGAACUAAAUGAAGGUCUUGUUUCAAUGGAGGAGGUUAGCAAUAGACUGUCGAGGUACCUUGAAGGCACUAGCUCUAUUGCAGGGGUAUACUUAGAGACCACAAAGGAGCGUUUGUCAAUUUACCAGGCCAUGAAGAAGAACAUGAUCAGACCAGGUACUGCAUUUGAACUUCUUGAGGCCCAGGCAGCCACAGGGUAUGUCAUUGAUCCAAUCAAAAACCUCAAACUCACUGUGAAUGAGUCAGUGAGAAUGGGAAUUGUAGGCCCAGAAUUCAAAGACAAGCUCCUUUCUGCUGAACGUGCAGUAACAGGAUAUAGAGAUCCUUAUUCAGGGAAGACAAUCUCCCUGUUCCAAGCUAUGAAAAAGGGUCUAAUCCUGAAAGACCAUGGUAUCCGUCUCCUGGAGGCUCAGAUUGCCACUGGUGGAAUCAUUGACCCAGAGGAAAGUCAUCGUCUGCCAGUUGAAGUGGCCUACAAACGUGGCCUCUUUGAUGAGGAGAUGAAUGAGAUUCUGACAGAUCCAUCUGAUGACACCAAAGGCUUCUUUGAUCCCAACACAGAGGAAAACCUAACUUAUCUACAGCUCAUGGAGAGAUGCAUCACUGAUCCAGAAACUGGUCUGGUGCUCCUGCUCCUGAAGGAGAAGAAACGAGAAAGGAAAACAUCCUCCAAAUCCUCAGUUCGUAAACGCAGAGUUGUGAUUGUAGACCCUGAGACAGGCAAAGAGAUGACAGUGUAUGAGGCCUACAGGAAGGGACUCAUUGACCACCAAACCUACUUGGAGCUUGCAGAGCAGGAGUGUGAAUGGGAAGAGAUCACAAUCACCUCUUCUGAUGGUACUGUCAAAUCUAUAAUCAUUGACCGGAGGUCUGGAAGACAGUAUGAUGUUGAUGAUGCUCUUUCACGCGGUCUCAUUGACCAGAAUGCUCUUGAUACAUACCGCUCUGGAAACCUGUCCAUCACAGAAUUUGCUGACAUGCUCUCUGGAAACAUGGGAGGCUUCCGCUCUCGCUCAUCCUCCUUUGGUUCCACAACCGGCUCCACCUCAUCAUAUCCUAUGAGCCCAAUACCCUCCAUUAAACCACCUGCUACUAUAUGGAAUGACCCAACAGAGGAGACUGUCCCCAUUGCUGGAAUAUUGGACACAGACACUCUGGAGAAGGUGUCUAUCACUGAGGCCAUGCACAGAAACCUAGUAGACAACAUCACAGGCCAAAGGUUGUUGGAGGCUCAGGCCUGCACAGGUGGAAUAAUUGACCCUGUAAGUGGGGAGAGAUUCUCUGUUACUGAUGCCACAGAAAAGGGCCUUGUGGAUAAAAUCAUGGUUGAUCGCAUUAACCUGGCUCAAAAAGCAUUCAUUGGAUUUGAAGACCCCAGAACUAAAACAAAGAUGUCUGCUUCCCAGGCUCUGAAGAAGGGCUGGUUGUACUAUGAAGCUGGGCAGCGUUUCCUUGAGGUUCAGUAUCUGACUGGUGGACUUAUUGAACCUGAUAUUGAGGGCAGAGUGUCACUAGAUGAAUCCAUCAAGAAGGGCACAAUUGAUGCCCGCACUGCCCAGAAGCUCAGAGAUGUCAGUGCUUACUCCAAAUAUCUAACAUGUCCAAAAACCAAACUGAAAAUCUCCUUCAAAGAUGCCAUGGACAGAAGCAUGGUGGAGGAGGGGUCCGGUCUAAGGCUGCUUGAGGCCUCCUCGCAGUCCAGCAAAGGCCUUUACAGUCCUUAUAAUGUCAGUGGCGCAGGAUCUGCUGCUGGCUCCCGCACUGGCUCAAGAACCGGAUCCAGAUCAGGCUCCCGAAGAGGCAGCUUCGACGCUAGCUCUGGCUUCAGCAUGAACUUCUCAUCCACCUCCUACUCAUCCUCAACCAGUUAUGGCCGCAGAUUCUAACAGCUCCCUGACCCAAACAACUAUGAUUAGGCCAUGUGACUAAGAGCCCAUGAUGCAUUCUAAAAUUGCAAAUCUCAAAGGAAAAAAUAUUUAGAAUAAGAAAUUAUAAUUAAUUUAUUAUGCUUUACAUGUGGUCACAGUGAAACGGCUCAGCUAUUGAAAAUGCUUUUUUAAUACACAAUAGAUAUCUAGACAUAUGCCUUAUAUAUCUUGCCUUAACUAGGAAUUUAGAUACAUCAAAAGUUGGUUCUUUUCUUUAGCACUGAUUAUCAAGUCAACAUAUAUAUUUUUGAAAGCAAAGAUUUUUUUUCAAGUGACCACAACUGAUUUUAUAGUUUUUAUUUUACACUUGUUAAAUCUUGUAUACUUAUGCUUUGUGAAACUAAUAUAUAUUGUAUGUACGUUGAACAGAGAUAUUUUUCCAAUGUUCUUUUUCCUUUGAAAUUCAAAAAAGUCCUAUUUUUUAUCUUUGUGACAAUACUCAGUGAGAUAUGCCAAUACAAUUAUAUUGUUUUUAACAGAUUCCAAAAUACAUAGAUGCCUUCAAAUUUCUGAAUGUUUGUAUAGCGUAUGACCAGAUGAUUUUUUUUGUUUUGUUUUGUUUUGUUUUUUAUGUUUAUUGUUAUCAUCACAUCUGUAACACACUACAAAAUGACACACUACAAAAUAUAACACUGGAUGAAGAGUGCAAGAUUUACAAUUAUGCAGACUACUCUGGAACCAGUUUAUACCCAUGAUCACUUUGCACUCAUGCCCCUUUUUAUUCAGUGGACUUUCACAUCACUUCAGUUGAUUAUACCAUUGUUUGACACUCCAAAGUUUUGGAUUGCUCAUCAUUCACUCUCAGUCAAGUGUUCCUGGUAGAUCGUCCCAAGAUGAUGUCAGACUUGAUCCUGCCCUCCCUUAUAGACCUGCCUCCUGUUGUUUUGGUUCUUCUGUCUCAGUCCUUCAGAAUCCAAUAUGUGAGCACAGAUACUCAGUUGGCAGGAGCGUAUGAGUCACUCAACUUCGAUGGAUUUGUGAGUCCACGUCAUCCUCAUCCAGUAACCCAGAUCUGCCAUUGAGUUUGUCCUUUCUUCCAUUGCACAUCACAUUUGAAGAGAGUUGAGGCUUGUGACCCUGACAUCUCCUUGGGAUACCUCACUAGGAACAAUCUUCAUUCAUUGACUUUCUGCAUACCCAUUACUUGAAUGUUAAUGUUAAUCAGCCUGUCCACUAACUUUGGAGAAUGCUACCAAGGCACACACAACUGUGUGUAUGUGCUUUCACAUGGCUGUUUUUCAUGAAGAUGAACUGUAGCAGUGAUACAGUUCAUCUUCAUUUGUCUAGUCUUAAGUCCACUAAGUAGUUAUUUUGUGUAUCUCACUGUAAAUUCAGUCAAAACCAAAGUGCUCAUGACAGCAUAUAUAAAGAAAUAUGACAUAUGUGUUACAACCCCACAUUGCAUGAAUGUAUGUAUUAUAUAUAUGACGUUAAUCCAUUUCAGAUGACAUUUUGUUACAGAUUUUCUUUGCAAACUGAAAAAAAUAGCUUGACGCUUUAUCAUUCUGUUGUUUAUGGCUCUUUUUCCAUGCCAAGUAUUUCUGUUAUGCUUCUCAAAAGUGUUUUACCUUUGUAAAUGUUUGUUUUGUUUUCAUAUUUCAUUAUGUUUUUGAUAUAUUAUGAAUUUGUUCUGCAUGUUUUACUAAUUUUACAGGUUAUUUGGGAAAAUAGAUGUAAGAUAAAGGCAAUUGCAUAUAUAACUGCUCAGAAACCCCUUUUUGUUCAGCAUUGAUUAGCAGCAUAUUCAAAGAAAUAACUGGCUGGUUUUGCUGAUGGGCAGACAUUUGCUUUGGCAGGCAUGGUGCGUGGAUCUGUUGUAUGUUUAGAAGAUAACAUUAAGAUGUAAAUAAAUAUGCUCUGGAGAGA